AUGCCGUCGGGAUCGACCGUUGCCAAUCAUCCUCCAAAACUUUGUGAUGAGCACGAGCCACCAUCCGAAAGCUCGUCCCAGAUUGGCAACUGCAUCACCUACUGGAUAGAUCCCUGGUUGAGCUUGGGCCAAUGA